AUGAAUCAUGGGGGCAAUGGGGGCACCGAGAAGACGAUUACGCUUGCUGCUGAUGAGCACAUCACUUCUAUGGAGGCUCAUUGGGACAAAAAGGACAAACACACACGAGUCUUCUACAUUAGCUUCACUACCACCACUGGUCAAACUAUCGAGGGUGGAACUAAGACCGGCAACUCCGGUACAGCGACAGCUCCUGAAGGUUUUGUAUUGGGUGGGUUUUACGGUCGUGCUGAUGAUGAAGUGGACCAAAUUGGUGCGAUCUGGACGAGAAAGACAGCAAAAGAUAUUGCGCUUAAUGAUCCAUCAGGUGUGGGUAACAACACGUACGGCACUACGAUCCGCAACUGGGUGGGCCCCACAAUUGGUAAAUCCAAGGAUACUGCUUGCUAUCGAAAAUCGAUGGACUUUGAUAGCAACAAUAUUUGUCCAUUGGGCUACAGCAAGGAUGGUGACGACUGCGCCGCGCGGUGUCCAUUGUCAUACCCGAUUCCGUGUGGCUUGGAAUGCAUUCCUCAAAAUGACGAUUGUGUUCUCGCCGUUCUCUCCAAAAUCGGUGCAGUCGCCCAGGUGGCACUCAAUGUUGCUACUGCUAAUGUAUUCGGUUCGAUUCGAGCUGCUUUCAAAAUCGCCAAGUGGGCUGUUAAGUGCGUUCGGAAUACUGUAGAAGCGAUCAGAGGGCUGAUCUACUAUCUCCGCUACCGUCAAACGUCAGCUCCCGUCGGUGAUACUGCAGAAAUGCUUGCGAUUGCUUACCAAGCUGACGUCGUAUUAUACGAUAUCCCGGUUGCUAUUUGCACGUGCCUCAACAUCCCCGUCCCCAAAGACGCCAAGUUCGCUGAUUAUGUGCUUCAGAUUGUCGAAGGUAUCGUAAAACAAGCCAUCACCAAUGGUGACGAGAUCAUUUCGACGGGAGCCAAUGUCAUGAGUUUGCUCUCGGGUAAUGGUCUCCUCAACAACUCAAAGACAACAGUGGAUGAACUCGACGAGUUGGUGGCUAAAAACUCGAGUUGUGGCUGGCAACUAAAGCGUCUUACAGAUCGUGUCACUCGCGCUGUACUCAAGUACCGCAGUGUGAGUACUGAGGUUAACGACAUUCGAGUGAAGGUGUACAAAUCGGCGAUUGUGCUGAACGAUAUCCCGGUUGUCACGAACAACUGCAUGGGGGAACUAUUGGCUUCCAAGACUAUCACAGCAGCGUACGAGACGCGUGACCUGCUGCGAAAAACGUUCGGGGUUAUCGUUGAUCAACUCAUCGAAACUGGCAAGACAGACGGCGGCAAGGGCGUUGCAAAGAAAGAUUACAUGCUGGAAGUAUCUAACAUGGGUCUAGUUAUGCUCUCAGCGCUCGACCCGACAGGUAUUGCGUACAUGGCGUCACAGUUCGUGCAGCCCAUUUGUGGACCCACAGCGUAUGUGGGUGAAAUCGACGAUGGAACACUUUACGAUGCGUUGGGUCUAAAAGCGAUGGACGAAGCGUUUGUUGGAAGCUACGGGUCCUACACCCACGCAGGCGAUGGUGUUGUUCACCUCAUUUUCGAGAGCGUCGAUACCAAGGAUGUGACGGUUGUAGUCCAUUCAGGUGGUGACCAAUAUGCAAAAGUCGAUGUCGGUGCAGGUGAUGUCACUACAUGGGACGCUACGUUCCCGGAGCUGGAGGACAAGACGAUGUACUUAGAUCGCUGGCGUCCUGGUUUGUUUGGUUUGCCCGGUAAGGGUGGCGGUUCGUUGUUGAUGUGGAUUCCUCGAUCAUCGGAAGGGGGUCAUAUCACCAUGCACGUACGGAUUAAUCCGUCUUAG